GCCGCUUCAAAUAUCACUCCAUUUCCUUGAAAGUUCCCACCUUCUUCUUCCCCAAACACAUCAAUUCCCAUUUCACAAUCAUCGCAAAAAUGAUGGAAACAGCUGCCACCGCAGCAAAAGUCGUUCACGGCCUCUUCCAAAACACACAUCCCAUCACAGCAAAAUGGGAGAAAAUCGAAGCCCCGCCAUUGCCCCGCUCCUCGCACAGCAUCUCCGUCAUUGCAGGACGAGCAUACAUUUUCGGUGGUGAAAUCACACCCAGAGAACCAGUCGACAAUGAUACGCACGUUAUCACUCUGCUAUCCGGCAGUGUCUCUUCUGCAGACUACAAAAAGAUUCUCGCGAAGCCUGAGAUAGCUGGAGGAGAGGUGCCGGAGAAGAGAGUCGGACAUACUGCUGCUGUUAUUGGCGAGCGGAUAUUUAUCUUUGGUGGCAGGGGAGGAAAGGAUAUGAAGCCUUUGCAAGAGAAUGGCAGAGUUUGGGUUUACGAUACGCGGUCCGAUGCGUGGACUUACUUGGACCCGAUGCCAGGCACGCCUUACCCGGAAGCACGAUCAUACCAUUCGAGUGUUGCGAUUGAGAAGCCAGAGCCGCCAACUACGAGUGUUAAGGUCAAUAAUGCUACGGAAGAACCAAAAGCUGGCAAGAUUGCUGCGGCUGCGCAGACGGAUGAGGAGAUGGGUGGUCAUGGCACUUUCUUCGUGCAUGCUGGGUGCCCUGCUAGUGGACGGACGAACGAUCUUUGGGGAUUCGAUGUUAGGAGUCGGACUUGGAAGGAGUUUCCUGCCGGGCCGGGAAAACCGAGGGGUGGAACUGCUAUCGCUGUGUCGAAGAGCAGAAUAUACAGAUAUGGAGGCUUCAAUGGACAGGGCGAGGAGGGUGGCUACCUCGAUAUUCUGGAAUUGGGUCUGGAUACUUUCAAUGAUAAGGGUGGACAGGGAGAGCUCAGCGUUUCAGCUAAGGGGCUAUGGCAGACACUGAAUUUCCAGGAAGAAAGCAUGAAGUUCCCCGGAAACAGAAGUGUGGCUGGACUGCAAACCAUCACCACGGGUAUGGGUCGAGAAUACUUGGUGUUGUUUCUUGGAGAGCGAGAUCCCAGCAGCCAGGGCCAUGAGGGAGCUGGGAAAUUCUGGGGUGAUGUUUGGGCUUUCCAAUGUCCUCCUCAAGGCAUGACCGCGGCGAGCUUCAAGGAUGCUACAUGGCAAGCUCUUGGACGGGAAACAGGCGAGGGUUUGUGGAGUGAAGUGGUUGUUUCUGAUGCUGAAGGAAAGGAGGGUGAUGAUGUCCGGAAAUUGGUACCAGGAGAGCGAGGUUGGUUUCCCAGCUCGAGUUUAGGGGACUUGGAUCCGAGCAGUAUUGUGCUUUGGGGUGGUCUGAAUGGUAAGAACGAGAGAGAAGAUAAUGGCUGGAUUCUGAGAAUCGAAUGAGUAGAAGGGGCGAUGACUGGACAAAAAUCAGAAGAAUCUUUCCUGGAGGAAGAACACAAAUAAUGAAUUAUGUAGCAACAAGGAAAGUUCCCACUCUUGAA